AUGGCCGCCCCCACGCUGUCCACCAUGAUCGACCCGACCAAGCAGGCCGAGUACCCCAUUGUCCUGGGUGAGCAGCUCGCCAGAAAGACAGACUCAAGUCGCCUGGUCAACGUCAACUAUAACUAUAAGUCCAAGGCGGCGACACCUCAACAGCGAUCGAUUAUCGCCCGUUCUUCCCGGUCGCGCGAACUCUACGAUUUGUCCGUCACCGAUAAGGCCCCGAGCGCCGAUCACACCCUGACGUAUUCAUACCAAGGCAGCGAAGACCCGGCCGGAGAGCGCAAUCUCGUCCUGGUCUUCGAUCCUGAUCGGAAAGUGUUUGUGUUGGAGCCGGUCUCCACCAAACUGAACUUCAAUCUACGAUCGGCGCCGGGGAAGACGGAGAAGCAAGUUCUGGAACAAUACGAGCAGCUACGGAUAGUGCAGGAGGAGGAUCACACAUCGGGUGACGAUCGCAAUGGUGGAAGCGCCAGCGAAGACGAAGGCCCAGCGGAUGACAGUAAUCCGUAUGACUUUCGACAUUUCCUUCCCAAGGAUGGUGCCGAGGAUGUCAAGCCGACCUCGCGCAACUCUACGCCAGAGCCGAUCUACACCAGCAAAGCCAACACGCCCGUUUUUCCACCCACCAAACCCACCGCGAAGCCUGCACCUCGACCAAAGUCUCAAGCAAACCCUCUCCGAGAAACCAAGCGUCUACCGAAGAAGCCGGCUGUCAAGCCGAAACUUCCCAAGCAGCCGACUCCCGAGCCACUCCCCGAGCCAGUUUCUCGCGCAGAGCCAUCAGUCGACCAAGAUGAUAUUCGCCUGUCGGUAUCAGAUGCAGGCUCUGGGGGCGGCUCUCAGCAGUCGGCUCAGUCACCCAACAUCAUCAUUGACGGCGACCUGAUCAUCGACAUGGGCUCGCCACCCCCUUCGCGAACAUUCAAAGUCAACCCCGCCUACUUCUCCUCGAAUAAUACGCCGGCCGACGACAGAGAGGAUGAUGAUGGUGAAGACAUGGAAUCCUUCCGGCUGCCCUCUCCAGUCAGAAAUACCACCCUCGCUUCCUCGGCUCCCGCCGACACCGGAGAUGACCUGGAAGACGAUGAUGCGCUGGCCGCAGAAAUGGAGGCCGCAUUCGAAGAGAGUGCGCGCGAGGAAGAGGCACGUAGCCAUCAGUAUGGUCAAACACGAUAUCAUGUGGCCAGUGAUGAUGAGAGUGAGGUGAGCGAGGAGGAGUAA